AUGGCAAUCGGACAAGAACGGGCUGGUAUUGCCGAAGGAAGGGUGGAGAAAGAAUUGAGGCAGCUUCAGAAACACUCCAAACAAAAAAGACCCGAACUACCUAUCUGGUGGAGCUAUACAUCAGUUCGGCAAUAUUUGCAUGCCCAGAAGCUUUAUGUGUACUCGCGGAUCUUGGAGUUGAGCUGGGUCCACUGGAUCGUGUUUCAGAUUCAGAACGCGCUCUUGCAUAUCUUACAAGUGGGUCCAGUGCCACAGCACGUCUCGUUCAUCAUGGAUGGCAACAGACGCUAUGCCAAAGCUCUAAAUUUACCCACGAAAUCAGGCCAUGAGGCUGGAGCUUGGACGUUGCUCAGUUUGUUGGCAACGUGUAAGAAUCUAGGAGUCAAGACGGUGUCUGCCUACGCGUUUUCGAUCGAAAAUUUCAACCGUCCACGAGAAGAAGUGGAACUUUUGACCUCAAUGCUAGCUGAGAAACUGGACGAGGUUGCUCGAAGAGCAUUGGACCACGAAAGUGAGCUUUUUGGCGUCAGAUUGCGGGUUGUAGGAGAAAGAUCUUUGAUUUCAAAAGCACUCAACGAUAAAAUUACACAAGUUGAAAGAAUGACCGAAGCUGGUGAUUCAAUGAUACUUUACGUGUGCUUCCCUUAUACGUCUCGAAACGAGAUCUACCAUGCGGUUUAUGACGCCACAGAACGCUGCAAGUAUCAUGGCCAGCUCAUCGAAGAAAUUGACGUCCAGAACUUCACCAACGGCAUGUUCUUGGGCAAAUAUUCCAACAAAUGUGACCUUUUAAUCCGAACCAGUGGUCAUACCAGGCUAUCCGACUACAUGCUUUGGCAAGUCCACGAAAACGGGGUGAUCGAGUUCACAAACACUUUAUGGCCAGAUUUUGGCUUCAUAGAGUUUUUUGUGAUGCUGGUCAAAUGGAGUUUCCUUACAUGCCUGCAACGCCGACAACUGGCAAACACGUCACUCAGAUCCCAGGCGUUCCACUUGCUCAAAGAUAACUUGUUUCCCCUUAAACCUAAACACGUUUCAUACGAAGAUUUGCCAGAGCCGCCUCAGGCCGUGUCAGUCAUACUAAGAGGAUAG